GUGGCAUGCACAGACGACGGUGCAGUUGGCGCGCCUGCCUAGCUUAGCUUACAACAUCUCUCGCGCGCUCGCUGCACCUCUCUCUCUUUCCCUCUCGCUUGUGCGAAACAUCGUGGGUUUUUUUCUUGCCGGAGGAGGGGCAGGGGAGGGAGCCGGGCGGGAUUCAGCCAUGAGGAGGAGGGCAAGCGCUGUGUUCUUGUUGGCGUGGCUCGUCGCCGGCGUGGUGAAGGCUGCUGAGGCGGCUUCUGGCAUGGCGCGACCGCUUGCUUACGACUACUCGUCAAGCUCUGAGUGCUUGCCUGAGCCGAUGGACGCUCACUACGGUGGCGGCAUCAUCCGCAACGGCGACUUCAGCGCCGGACUCCAGGGCUGGUCGGCCUUCGGGUACGGCAGCCUCGCCGUGGGCUCGUCGCCGGCGGGGAACAGGUACGCCGUGGCAACGAACCGGACGCGGCCGUACCAGAGCGUCAGCCAGAAGGUGCUCCUCCAGGACGACACGCACUACACCCUCUCAGCUUGGUUGCAGGUUAGUGACGGGAUCGCCGACGUGAGAGCCGUUGUGAAGACGGCCGGCGGCGACUUCAUCCACUCCGGCGGCGUCGAGGCGAGGUCCGGGUGCUGGUCCAUUCUCAAGGGCGGGCUCACCGCCGCCGCCGCCGGGCAGGCUGAACUCUACUUCGAGAGCAACGCGACGGUGGACAUAUGGGUGGACAACGUGUCGCUGCAGCCGUUCUCGAGGGAGGAGUGGAGCGCGCACCACGGGGCGGCCAUCAAGAAGGCGAGGAAGAAGACGGUGCGGCUCCAGGCGAGGGACGCCGCAGGCAACCCGGUCGCCGGCGCGCGGAUGCACAUCGAGCACGUCCGCAACGGCUUCCCUCUGGGGUCGGCGAUGAGCAAGGAGAUCCUGACCAACCCGGGGUACCAGCGGUGGUUCACGUCGCGGUUCACGGUGACCACGUUCGAGAACGAGAUGAAGUGGUACAGCACGGAGGCGAUCCCGGGGCGGGAGGACUACUCGGUGCCCGACGCGAUGCUCCGGUUCGCCAAGAGCCACGGCAUCGCGGUGCGCGGGCACAACAUCUUCUGGGACGACCCGAGCACGCAGAUGGGGUGGGUGAAGGCGCUCUCCGGCGAGCAGCUCCGCCGCGCCACGGAGAAGCGGAUCAAGUCGGUGAUGUCGCGGUACUCCGGGCAGGUGAUCGCGUGGGACGUGGUGAACGAGAACCUCCACUUCGACUUCUUCGAGGGCCGGUUCGGGUGGGAGGCGUCGGCGGCGUUCUACCGCAAGGCGCACCAGAUGGACGGCGGCGCGCUCAUGUCCAUGAACGAGUUCAACACGCUGGAGCAGCCGGGCGACCUGACGGUGCUCCCCGGCAAGUACCUCCGCAAGCUGUGGCAGAUCAAGGCGUUCCCGGGGAACGGCAACGCCGCCCGGAUGGGCAUCGGCCUCGAGGGCCACUUCAGCGCGCAACCCAACAUCCCUUACAUCCGCGCCGCGCUCGACACCAUGGCGCAGGCCAACGCGCCCAUCUGGCUCACCGAGAUCGACGUCGCGCCGGGGCCCGACCAGGCGCGCCACCUCGAGCAGAUCCUCCGGGAGGUGUACGCCCACCCGGCGGUGCACGGCAUCAUCCUCUGGACGGCGUGGCACCCGCAGGGAUGCUACGUCAUGUGCCUCACCGACAACAACUUCAAGAACCUCCCCGCCGGCGACGUCGUCGACAAGCUCAUCUGGGAGUGGAAGACGCGCUCCCACGUCGGCGUCGCCGACGCCGACGGCUACUACGAGACCGAGCUGUUCCACGGGGACUACAAGGUCACCGUCACCCACCCGGCGGCGAACUCCACCGUGGCGCAGAGCCUCAGCGUCGACAGGGAGUCCGACAACGAGUUCACCAUACACGUCUAGCUAGCUAUUAGCUCAAUUUAUUAGCUCAAUGUAUACGUAUCCAUGUGCAUGAUUGUUGUGUGUGAUUUCAUAUGCGCCCAUGGAUUGAUUUAUCAUUCCUGGAGAGGCGAUUGAUUGGAUGUUCAUAUUAAAAGGAAGAAGAAAUUCCAUUUGUUCUUCUUUAUAUACAUACUUCUCUUGAUUGA